UCGAUGACAGGUGAAGUCAUCUCUCCUGUGGUGAAAGCUGAGCCUCUUUGCCCACCAUGAGCUUCACCUCAGAGGUCAAGAGUCGUGGGAUGAAGUUUGCUGAGGAGCAGCUGCUAAAGCAUGGAUGGACUCAAGGCAAAGGCCUAGGCCAGAAGGAGAAUGGCAACCAGGCCAUCAAGGUGACACUGAAGCAAGACACUCAUGGGGUGGGACACAACCCUGCCAAGGAGUUCACAAACAACUGGUGGAAUGAACUCUUCAAUAAGACUGCAGCCAACUUGGUAGUGGAAACUGGGCAGGAUGGAGUUCAGAUAAGACGCCUUUCCAAGGAGACCACUCAUUAUAAUCAUCCCAAGCCUAACAUGCUGUAUCAGAAGUUUGUGAAGACAGCCACGCUGACUUCGGGUGAAGAGAAGCCAGACAAAAACUUGGAGAACCACAGUGAUGAUGACAGCCAAGGGCCCAUCCCUCCAAAGAUUCUGACUGAUGAGAUGCUGCUCCAAGCCUGCGAGGGGCGAACAGCACACAAGGCUGCACGGCUUGGAAUCACAAUGAAGGUCAAGCUUGCUCGGCUAGAGGCCCAGGAGCAGGCCUUCCUGGCUCAUCUUAAAGGCUAGGACUUUGAGACCUCUCAACCACAGUCUGAAAGUAAGCUCCCCAAAAAAAAGAAAAAGAAAAGGAAACAGAAAGAGGAAGAAGAGUGUAGAGCAACUGAGAGGAAUGUGGAUGAGGAACACCCAGAACACACUAGGCCCAGCAUUAGGAAAAGCAAAAAGAAGAAAAGACAACAUCACAAGGAAGAGGUCUCAGAUGAGAGAGGGGGAACAACUGUAAGGAGUGAGGAGGAAGAGGCUGCAGGAACAAGUGGACUAGAGGAAUUAAAGAGCAGAGAGCAAGCCCAUCAGCAUCUUAAGAAAAAGAAGAGGCAGCACCGUGAAGGGGAGGAGGUGGAGGAGCAGACUGUGGUGUUGGGUAGAGAAGGAAGCGGUAAGGAUCCUGCAAGUGGUGUUGGGAGAAAGGAGGUGGCAAGCAGAGCACACGGUGACCGAUGCAGCAGAGACAAGCAAAGGCAGCAGCGUGAGGAGGACUUGAACAUGGGUGACAAGGAAGGGGAGGAAGCUGCUCUAGAUGGUGAGGCCAGGGAAGCAGAAAGCAUAGCACACAGUAAAGGAAGCAGCAGAAGAAAGAAGACAAGACAGCAGUGUAAGGAGGAGGAGGUGGUCUUGGAUAUAAGCUGUGAAGACGAUGAUGACAGGACCGGGGAAAUACGGAGCAGAGUUGAGAAGAGGAGGUGGCAGCAACCAGGGAAGGAAGAAACUAGAGUCAACACUGACAGAAGCACCAAAAAGAAGAAACGGAACAAGAGAGACUGA